GAUUUGAUUUCUUGGAGGUUGCUUUGAUUAAGCUUGCAAGCUCGCAAGAUGUUUGAUAAAAUGCUUCAAAGGAAUGUUGUUUCCUUUAAUACUAUGAUUGAUGGGUAUGGGAAAAAUGGGAAAUGUGAGCUUGCUGAGGAACUCUUUAUGGCUAUGUCUGUAAGAGAUGUGGUUACAUGGACACGUAUGAUUUCUGCUUUGUCCUUAAUCAUCAACUGAGGAAAGGUUUGAGCUUGUUUAGAGAAAUGUUGAGUUUAGGGGUUAGACUUGAUGCCCCUGUACUUGUUAGUGUCUUGCUGACAUGAGUUUGGUCAAGGAAGGGAAAUGGAUAUAUACUUAUGUGCUUUAUCAUAGGUCUAGUUUUAUUGGAUCAGCACUUGUUAACAUGUGUGCUAUGUAGCCAGAUAGAAAAUGCUUAGUGUAUUUAGAAGCGUUUGUCAUGGAAUGGGUCGUGAAGCAGUCAAGGUUUUGCUCAAAUUUGAAAGGGAGAACUUAAGCCUGACGAUAUAACUUUCUUAGGGCUUUUAAAUGCUUGCAAUAAUGGAGGACUUGUGAAGGAGGUCAAUUUUAUUUUGAAACCAUGCAAGUGAAGUACAAGAUGUUUCCCAAACUUAGCCUUGUGGGUGCUUUAUUGACCUUCUUGGUAGAGCAGGGCAAUUAGAAGGUGCACUUCGGAUUACAUGUGAUAUGCCUUGGAGCUGAUGACCUUCUUGGUACAAGUUUUGAUUUGGAUGAUUAUUCUCCGUGCUUGCUUGAAGCACAAUAACUUCGUAAUGGGGAAAAUUGCAGCGUUGCAAGUUAUAGGUUGGCUCCGGAAGAUUCAAGUUGUUAUGUUCUUCUCUCAAUUAUCUUUGCUAAAGAAGGUAGGUGGGAUGAAGUGACUAAGGUUAGAUCAAUGAUGAGAAAAAGGGAUGCGAAAAAAAUUCCUGGAUGCAGCUUCACUUUUGUGGAUGGUUAAAUCCAUAAGUUCCUCGUGAGGAAGGACAUGGAUUUGGGGUAUGAUCAAAUUGUUCUGUCUAAGUUGCGAAUGUGUCUGAGUUGAAGUUGGAGGAAUAUGAACUCUAUCUAUGGUUUUUUAGAUAUCGAAGACGAUGAAAAAGGGUCAACUGGUUCUUCACAGUGAGAAGAUGGCUCUUCCCAGUUAUAUAUUGAAAAACUUAAUUUGUUGUGCUCUUCACACAUUCAUGCAGCUGGUUUCAAAAGUCUAUAACCUUUGAGUUAUUGUGAGAGGUCAUAACCGUGCUCAUCAUUUCGUUUUUUUUUCCAGUAAUGAUUAAUCGGAUAGCAGUGGCAGUGGUGGUGAUUCUCAUAGGAUGGGCUUAUAUGGCAACAAAGCCUCCUCCACCAAAAAUAUGUGGAUCCAUUAAUGGUCCUCCAGUUACUUCACCUAGAGUGAAACUCGGUGAUGGGAGACAUUUGGCCUACCGGGAGUUUGGUUUUCCAAAGGAAGAAGCUAGGUACAAGAUCAUUGUGGUUCAUGGAUUUGCCAAUUCCAAAGAUACGCAUUUGCCAGUUUCUCAAGAGCUUAUUUAUGAUCUUGGGAUAUAUUUCCUCUACUUCGACAGAGCAGGUUAUGGUGAGAGUGAUCCAUAUCCAUCACGAUCAGUGAAGAGUGAAGCAUAUGAUAUUGAAGAACUAGCAGAUAAAUUGCAGAUUGGGAAAAAGUUCUAUAUCAUUGGAAUGUCAAUAGGAGCUUACCCGGUUUGGGGCUGCUUAAAAUACAUUCCACACAGAUUAUUGGGAGCAGCUUUGGUAGUUCCAUUUGUAAACUAUUGGUGGCCUUCUUUUCCUGUUAAUCUAUCAAGAGAGGCAUUUCAAAUGCUCCCUCAAUCAGACCAAUGGACAUUUCGAGUUGCGCAUCACACCCCUUGGUUAUUCUAUUGGUGGAUGACUCAAAAUUGGUUCCCUUCAUUGAGUUUCACAAAUACUGAAAUGUUCCCUCCUGAUGAUGUUGAGAUCCUUAAAAGCCUCUCAGAAAACCCAAACCCUGGCCAGGAGAAAAUAACUCAGCAAGGUGAGUACGAAUCAUUAUACCGCGACAUAAUUGCUGGUUUUGGAAAGUGGGAGUUUGGCCCAACUGAAAUAAGAAAUCCAUUUCCUGAGAAUGAUGGUUCAUUUCACAUUUGGCAAGGUCUUAAAGAUAGGAUGAUUCCGUAUACACUGAACCGCUACAUCUCACAGAAACUUCCUUGGAUUCAUUAUCACGAGCUUCCUGAAGGAGGUCAUUUUUUUAUCUUUAAGAAUAAUCAAUGUGAGUCCAUAAUUAGAGCACUUAUACUAACAUAAGGUAUCUCAUACGAUAUCAUAUAGUGUCUGUUGAAAACUAUUACUCUAUACAUAUUGUCGUGUGCUUUGUCCAUGUGUUAUAGGCAUAGCUAGUAAAACUCUCAUAUCUAUAUACAAUUAUCUUUUUACCGUGUAAAA